GGAAAAAGUGAAAAUAGAAAAGUUUAAAAGACAGUAUACAGGAACGUAGCUGAAGUUUCUUUGAAAGCACACACAUACUUCCUCUUCCUCAUCCUCCUCCUUCUGCCCCUUCCACUCCUCCUCCCAUUUCCUACCACCCAACUCUCAUCGCUCAAAAAAAAUCACUCCAUCACUGUUCAGGUCGCACGCAUCCCUCAAACCCUGUUCUGUCUGACUGACUUGACUGAAUGAAGAUAUUUUAAGGGAGCUCGCGUCAGCGGAGAUGUUGGCAGGUGCGUUAGUCCUGGGCACCAUCCUUACAGCUUUACCAGGUAUCGAGAGCAGGUGGAGUGUGUCAUUUUCCAGGAGGGAGAUCUGUGUGUGGGCAGGAACAACUGUGACUUUGCCCUGUCGUUAUGACUACCCAUCAGGUCACACCAUGAAGCGGGUCAUGUGGUUCCGUGUGUCUUCAGAAGGUCGUAGGGAGUUCGCUCACCACACCGACCCAAACCAGAUUAGCCUGUCAUACCGUGGACGUACACGCUACAUCGGGGGCAGCUAUUCCAGCUGUUCAGUCCAGAUUCGGGUUGUGAAGCUGAGUGAUGCAGGCGAGUACCACUUCCGGUUUGAGACAGACCAACCACUGGGGAGAUGGACCUCCCCUAACACAAUCACUCUCGAUGUCACAGACCUUCAGGUUCAGGUGCAUCCAGCAAGGCCCAGCAACAUGUUUGGCUUCGGAGAGACUGUGUUUGUUGGCUGCCAGGCCAGAGGAUGUGCAUCUCCUGGAAGGAGUCUUGCACUGUACAGGAACGGACUAAACCUCGGUUCCUAUGACAAGUGGAUGAUUAUCAACCGCUUUGACCAGCAGCAUGCCGGAGCAUACACCUGUCGACCAAUCCCACCACAGAAUGUCCAGUCACCAUCCCUCUCCCUGGCUCUGGGACACGCUCCUAAUUCCACCUCCAUAGCAGUCUCCCCAGUAGCGGACGUGUCAGAGGGGGGGGCGGUCACUCUGACCUGCCGUAGCGACGCAGCUCCACCUGUGGAGAGCUUUGCAUGGUUCAAAGACAUGGACAGUGGCAGCAUCCCAGACAGCUUUAGGCCUCAGCUCCACCUGUCCCACCUCAGAUACACAGACAGAGGAGAGUACUUCUGUGUAGCACGUAACUCACUGGGAACAGACCGCUCCAAACCACUUCUACUCAAUGUCACUUACUCUCCAAAGAACACGCGUGUGCUCGUGAGUCCUCUAGGUGACAUCAGAGAAGGCUCAUAUGUAAACCUGAGCUGUGUCAGCCACGCCCACCCCCCAGCCAGCAGGUAUGCUUGGUAUCGUAUCCUAGGUGACCAGGUGUUGGCUAAAGGAACCGUCCAGAACCUGGCAUUCCCGUUAGUGCGUGCUCACCAUGCUGGUCAGUACUACUGUAAAGCGUGGAACCGGUUAGGAUACCAAACCUCUCCUGUUGCUACACUCACUAUACUUUACCCACCUAAGAACACCUCAGUUCUGGCUCGUCCCUCCAGUGUGGUGGACGCUGGCCGGCCUUUGACCUUGACCUGCAGCAGUCAGGCCAACCCAGCAGUGGACAACUUCACAUGGCACCGCUUAUCUCUGGACGGGGGCUCUGUACAAUCAUGGGGCACAAAGUCUGGUCCUGUCUUCACCUUCUCAGAGGUCGGCCCUGGAGAGAGCGGUCAGUACUACUGUGAGGCCAGGAAUCGAAUUGGAGCCCACAGCUCUCCCGUCCUCACUGUACGAGUCAGAGGUCGUCUUAAGGUCAUUGCCUUGGCGUCAGCAGUAGGCGUGUCUGCUGGACUCAUCACUCUCACAGUCGCCAUUAUGAUCAGUAAGAACAUGCACAGAGUAGACAUCGAGUCAGGAGAUGUAGCAAACAAGCGUCCGUCAGUGACAGCUGACACCAUGUUCUAUGAGUCAGCCCAACAGACCUUUCCAGUGAGAAAGGGCAAGAUGUCCGACAUACCGGAGGAGCCAGAGGACUUGAGUGACAGCUCCCACCCUGCCAUCGUUCCUCUAAAGGAUGCUCCACCAAUCACAGAAGUUGAAAGUCACAGCCCGGCCCCCAACUACAUCACUGUCCACUACUCCAAGUUGUCCAGUGCAGAGCAGGUGCAGGUCCACAACGUGCCACUGGGCGGUGAAAAAAAGCCGAAAGAUUCCUCUAAAGUUGUUUACACUCUACUGCCCCAGCCUCGCCACUGACCUGGGGACAAAGGCAAUCAGCUGAAAAACACAUCAGCCUUCCUCAUAUGAACCAAUCACUUUGCUUCCAUUCACCCAGAGGGGAUUGUGGGACAGGAAACGGCUCCUUGUGAACUCUGACGAUGCCUUACGCUGUUCUGGGUCAGACGUGUUGUUAUGGAUUCUCCACAGUUCACCAGACCACAAGGACAACAUGUGGUCCUGGUCCUGACUGCAAGUCCAUCUCCUAAAGUGUGUUGCAUGUCUUUCCCCUUUUUUUCCAUAUGCAUCUUACCACUGUGUGCUGCCGAUGAAGCAGAAAUGCUUGAAAACAAAGUAGUGAAAAAGUGAGCAUUCACACUGCUGGUUGUCAUUUUGCUUGCAUUCAUAUCCACAGUACGGGCUGUAUCUACUGCUGCUUUUUACUUGAUGCAGAUGAAUAUAGAUGACACAGUAUCACUGGUUGCUACGGCAUCGUUUGUAUCCUCCGACCACUGAAAAGUGAAAAUCAUUUGUAUGCAAACAUAUCUGUCUCUAAUACAAAUGAUAUGUUAGUGGAUAAAACCUGUAGAGAAUUGUUUAACAUCUAUAAAGAAUAUGAAAUAUUUCCACACUGUAUUCAACAAUGUUCUGAAUAGUUCAUUUUGAAUGCUGAGGCUGCAACAGUUAUUCAGUUGAUAUAGCUUGCUUCCAAUAAAAUUUGUCUUAAGCAACGCCAGAAGAUAAUGUAAAAUAAAUAAAAAUAAAACAAACACUUGCAGUAGAACAAAUCAUA